AUGGCGUCCCUCGCUGUGGCCGCCGAACGACUCAAGGACUUGUCCCAGCCUAUUGAUGUCUCAUUGCUCGACGCCACCGUCGGUGCUUUCUACGGCACUGGAUCUAAAGACGAGAGGGCAGCAGCAGAUAGGAUUUUGCAGGACUUGCAAGGUAAUCCAGAUAUGUGGCUCCAAGUGGUGCACAUUUUGCAGAACACAAAGAAUCUGAAUACCAAAUUCUUUGCCUUGCAGGUUUUAGAAGGUGUUAUAAAAUACAGAUGGAAUGCAUUGCCAGGAGAGCAACGAGACGGGAUGAAGAACUACAUAUCUGAAGUCAUCGUGCAGCUUUCAAGUAACGAGAACUCUUUUCGUCAAGAAAGGCUGUACGUGAACAAGCUCAAUGUCAUUUUAGUCCAGAUUUUGAAGCAUGAAUGGCCAUCUAGGUGGCGUAGUUUUAUUCCUGAUCUUGUAGCUGCUGCAAAAACCAGUGAAACUAUCUGUGAGAACUGCAUGGCUAUUUUGAAACUUCUGAGUGAAGAAGUUUUUGAUUUCUCUCGAGGGGAGAUGACCCAACAAAAGAUAAAGGAACUUAAACAAUCCUUGAACAGCGAGUUUCAACUCAUCCAUGAGUUAUGCUUAUAUGUACUGUCGGCAUCUCAAAGAACAGAGCUCAUUCGAGCAACACUGUCCACAUUACAUGCUUUUCUUUCUUGGAUCCCUUUGGGCUACAUCUUUGAAUCCCCGUUGUUGGAAACACUUCUGAAGUAUUUCCCAAUGGCAUCGUAUAGAAAUCUAGCCCUUCAGUGUCUGACCGAGGUUGCUGCUCUUAGUUUUGGCGACUUUUAUGAUUUGCAGUACAUCAAGAUGUACAACUUUUUCAUGGUCCAGUUGCAGGUCAUACUCCCACCCACCACAAAAAUUCCAGAUGCAUAUACUAAUGGAUCUAGUGAGGAGCAGGCCUUUAUUCAGAAUUUGGCGCUCUUUUUUACCUCCUUUUACAAGGCUCAUAUUCGGAUAUUGGAGUCUAGUCAGGAAAAUAUAUCUGCUCUUCUGAUGGGUCUGGAAUAUCUCAUUCACAUUUCAUAUGUUGAUGACACUGAAGUUUUCAAGGUUUGCUUGGAUUAUUGGAACUCCUUGGUGUUGGAGCUCUUUGAGGCCCAUCAUAAUCUGGACAAUCCUGCAGCAACUGCAAACAUGAUGGGGUUGCAGGUGCCCUUGCUUCAUGGCCUAGUCGAUGGCAUAGGUUCUCAAAUAAUGCAGCGGAGGCAGCUUUAUGCUGGUACAAUGUCGAAGUUGCGUAUGCUUAUGAUCUGUCGUAUGGCUAAACCUGAAGAGGUUCUCAUAGUGGAAGAUGAAAAUGGAAAUAUUGUUCGUGAAACCAUGAAAGAUAAUGAUGUGCUUGUUCAAUACAAGAUCAUGCGGGAAACAUUGAUCUACUUGUCGCAUCUUGAUCAUGACGACACAGAAAAACAGAUGUUGAAAAAGUUGAGCAAACAACUAACUGGCGAGGAUUGGAGCUGGAAUAACUUGAACACACUAUGCUGGGCGAUAGGCUCCAUCUCUGGUUCCAUGAUGGAAGAACAGGAAAAUAGAUUUCUGGUUAUGGUCAUCCGUGACUUAUUGAAUCUGUGCGAAAUCACAAAAGGAAAAGACAACAAAGCUGUUAUUGCAAGCAACAUCAUGUACGUUGUUGGACAGUAUCCACGAUUUCUUAGAGCUCAUUGGAAGUUUCUGAAAACUGUUGUCAAUAAACUUUUUGAGUUCAUGCAUGAGACUCACCCUGGAGUUCAGGAUAUGGCUUGUGAUACCUUCCUGAAAAUUGUCCAGAAAUGCAAGCGGAAGUUUGUUAUCGUACAGGUUGGAGAAAGUGAACCCUUCGUAUCUGAGCUUUUGUCUGGCCUUGCAACCACUGUUGGUGAUCUUGAGCCUCAUCAAAUUCAUACAUUCUAUGAAUCUGUUGCACAAAUGAUUCAUGCAGAACCCGAUCCACAGAAGAGAGAUGAAUAUUUGCAGAGGCUCAUGAAUCUGCCAAACGAGAAAUGGGCUGAGAUUAUAGCAUCGGCUCGUCAGAGUGUUGAUUUUCUGAAAGAUCAAGAUGUGAUUCGAACAGUGCUUAAUAUACUGCAGACAAAUACCAGUGUUGCAACUUCUCUUGGAACUUACUUCUUACCCCAAAUAUCUCUGAUCUUUUUGGACAUGCUUAAUGUGUACAGAAUGUAUAGCGAGCUUAUAUCAAGUACCAUUGCAAAUGGUGGACCUUUUGCAUCACGAACAUCCUAUGUAAAACUAUUAAGGUCCGUUAAGAGGGAGACACUUAAGCUCAUUGAGACGUUUUUGGACAAGGCUGAGGAUCAGCCUCAGAUUGGGAAGCAAUUUGUGCCCCCGAUGAUGGAUCCUGUUCUUGGAGACUAUGCUAGAAAUUUGCCUGACGCUAGAGAAUCUGAAGUUCUCUCACUUUUUGCGACAAUUAUAAACAAGUAUAAGGCUACGAUGAUAGAUGAUGUUCCUCGCAUUUUUGAAGCCGUCUUUCAGUGUACUUUGGAGAUGAUUACCAAAAAUUUUGAAGACUACCCGGAGCAUCGCCUCAAGUUCUUUUCACUACUUCGGGCAAUUGCAACCCACUGUUUUCCUGCUUUGAUUCAUUUGUCCAGUCCGCAACUGAAGCUAGUGAUGGAUUCAAUUAUAUGGGCUUUCCGGCAUACAGAGAGGAACAUAGCGGAGACAGGGUUGAACUUGUUAUUAGAGAUGCUGAAGAACUUCCAGGCGUCCGAGUUCUGUAAUCAGUUCUACCAGACCUACUUUGUGACGAUUGAGCAGGAGAUAUUUGCUGUGCUGACGGACACAUUCCACAAACCUGGCUUUAAGUUGCAUGUCUUGGUGCUACAGCACUUGUUCUGCCUGGUUGAGAGUGGGGCCCUGACAGAGCCUUUGUGGGAUGCUGCAACUGUUCCCUAUCCUUAUCCUAAUAACUCAAUGUUUGUUCGAGAGUAUACAAUCAAGCUAUUGGGGACUUCGUUCCCCAACAUGACUGUAGCAGAGGUUGGUCAAUUUGUGAAUGGGCUAUUUGAAUCGAGGAAUGAGUUAUCAGGAUUCAAAGAUCGCAUUAGAGAUUUCCUUGUGCAAUCAAAAGAAUUUUCAGCUCAGGACAAUAAGGAUCUUUAUGCUGAAGAGGCUGCUGCUCAGAGGGAGAGAGAGAGACAGCGAAUGCUCUCUAUUCCGGGGCUUAUUGCCCCAAACGAGAUACAAGACGAGAUGUUGGAUUCAUAG